GGGGCAAAGGAAGUGCAAUCUUGUUAUGACUCCCUCGAACAGUUAUACCACUGUUAUAAACUAUGGAGCUGCACGUACUGAAAGUAACAGUAAAAAAAAAGUAUUAUACCGACUAGCGAUAUAGUAAAACACUUUUGGAUAGUAUACUCAAGCCGUGCCUCCGCCAUGUAGGCUAAACGGUGCAUGAGCCAUUAAUCAUCCGUGCUGGUAGGCUACUCUGUUGUACAGCUCUCGCUCAACUCUGCGUAAUCCCCGGAUGAAGCUGUCAUGGCUGCCAUUCGCUGAGCUGUCAAGCCUACAAAACAAAGGUAAAAGCUAACCGAAGUCUCGAAUUAUGUCGUCGUUGUCAAUUAUAUCGGAGUUUUACUCAGCGAGGCCUGAAUUGAUAUGGAUCCAGCACGCGCUGAAUUAGAUGUCCCUGCUGGAGGUAAUAUAAAAGUUGUCGAUGAUGACAGAAACUGGAACAAACGACUCCGUCUCAGGAAAGCUGCCGUUCAGCCCCCAGCCAUGCAAAGUAAAGAUAAGCAUGGGCCAAAGAAGAUAACAGAGGACAUGGAGAAAAGCACAGAGCAGAUGUAUUUGAAGAAGACGCCCCUUAAAGCUCAAGAGGGUCAACAUGUGACAAAGGUUUCUGGGAAUGUACUUGGGUUUAGAUGCUCUGAAUGCAAGGACAGCACAGAAUUCAGCCCUAAUGACUUACUGAGGCACUUUCAGGAGACUCACCCAGGAAGCCAACCAAUCUUUCCUUGUCACAUGUGCAGUUUUAUUACACAUGAAUUCUCCCGCCUUAAAGUCCACCAGUUAGGCCACAGAGACACUUUUGUCAGCUGCAACAUAUGCAAUGACAAUGUCCAGCACACCCUCUUGCAGCUCACCACACAUUUAAACAUGCACCACAGCUUGAACGGCCACUACUGUUGUGAGAAGUGCAAGUUCUCCACAAGAGAUGUAGGAGCAUUUUUGGAGCACCUGUAUCUACAUAACAUUGCGCCGCAAGCAGGUCCUGCUGACCAGGAUUUGAUGAGACAUCUCAUGGCCAAAACAGCACAAUUCCGCUUCAGUUGCCAGUUCUGUGACUAUAAAUCUCAUCGAAAAUAUAUCAUCACAAAGCACAUGGCCACCAUUCAUGGUGAAGAGAAGAGCCAGAAAAACAAGCCGAAAAUGAAAGACGUUGGUCCUAAAACAGUAGAUAACUCAUCUCCAAGACUGAAGCACACAGUGACGAGUACAGUGAGGGAAAAUAACUGGAUGUCACAAGGCUGUCUUUCUCUGCCAGGGGAAGGAUUCCUGGAUAAAUAUUGCAGAUUGUCAAAUCCAGAGAGGGCUUUGGAGGAGACAAAGCAAUUUUUAGAGAAGUCUGUGGCUGCUGAAACAGGUGGGCAGACAUGGAACGAAGCUCUUAAGACUGUACUUUCAAAUGUGCCCCAAGCCAUCACUUCCUUUUCAAACUCAGAAAACUGCAUGAUAUCCAAUCCUGGAUUCACAAACACAGACAAAGACCUCACUGUCCUCAUGCUCAAAAACAAGAUUUCAGUUCCUCCGGAUGUCACUACUGAAGCCAUUGGUUUCAAAAUGGUGGAAGGCAAAAAGCAUUUGGUUCUCAAGGUUACACCAGCAGCAAAGCAAGAGACCUCUGACACAACAAAGACGUCAUUGUGUGUCACUGAGCUGGAAUUAGAGAAGAUUGCUUGUCAAACUAGUGCUGGGGACUCCAAUGCAAACGGAUGCCAAUCGAAUUCAACUAUCCCCCCAAAGACCAGGCCACCCACUUGUCCAGAAUCAUUCUUGACACAAAAUGAUGUUGGCACUAUUUCAACCCUAAAGUUAGUAGAAUAUGAUCAAACUCAAGAAAAUAGAGAGAACCAGGAAACAAGGGUUGGCCAGGAACACCAGAGACAUGACGCAGAACCCAAAGAUGUGAAUCACUGUGAAGAUACGGCAGAGGACAUGAAAGUGCCGAAGUUGACAAUGGAGAAAAGUGAGAAAAAGCUAAAAUCCUUUCCUGAAGCUCUGUGCUCUUCCAAGAAUAUGGGGGACAAAAAAAGGGGGAGAACGAAAGUGGUCAGCCCUAAAACUGUAGAGAAAAAAUCAUCACCAGCAUUAAAGCUCCUCCUGAAGAAGAACCCAGUUAAGGAAAUGCAGUGGAUGUCACAAGGUCCUCUUCCGCUGUUAGGAGGAGGUUUGCUGAACAAUUACCACAGACUAGAGCACCCACAGAAAACUUUGGAGGAGACGCAGCGAUUUCUUAAAAGAGCACUGUCAGCGGAAAAUGGCAAAAAGAAACAUACCAACUCCAAAGUGGUCAGUAGGUCGUCAAAGUCAGAGGGAGGCUUUAUUCCAAACCUUGGACAUUUCAGCUCCAGAGUUAACAACCUCAGUACCCUAAAAAAAUCGAUUUUAGUUCCUCCCAAUUGCACUACAGAGGCCAUGGGUUUCAAAAUGGUGGACGGCAAAAAGCAUUUGGUUCUUAAGGUUACACCAUCAGACAAAACAGAGGCAUCCUUGCAUUCCGUUGAGACAAAGGAAGACAACACUGCAUCUGAAAGUUGCACUAUGAGCCAGAACAGUUUAGUCUUUGUCUUGAAAAGUCAGCCAAGUUCUAAAAUCCCUCCAAGCACUGUAACAAAGAGUAACCUAGAAUAUCAUUUUGAAAAUGUGGACCUUCCAAACACUAAUGUCAGUUCUGAAAACACAGAAGGAAGGAACAAUGGCGUGGAUUCUCAUGUCCUAGAUGGCCAAGAGUGUCCAAGGGUAGGCCUACCUCAUGUAUCUAAUGGAGCCAAAUCAGAUGGAAAUGAUUUGGACCAGAUAACGGAAGAGAAGCCUGACCUGGAAGGGGUUGGAACUACAGAAGCUCAGGUCAUCAUGGUGUCUCCCUCCCCUAUACUCAAUUACCUUACUUCCCCACAAGGUAUAACAAACUGGUCAGAGAUUCCAGUCCAUACUCCAGAUGUUUAUUCUCAGGACUACCCUCCCAAUACCACACUAAGAGAUGGAGGAAAACAGGAGGUCUUUGACAGGAUUUGCCUCUCACCACAGCAAAAUAAACAGACAGUCAGAGGAAAGAGGCAGAGCGAACUGUCCACAGAGGACUCUCCUGAGCCCCUCUCAAAAGCCAAUAAACCCUCCAGCAAAGUUGUGGAAGAAGAAGAGGCUUCACCUGCAGCGGCACAUCACUGGGAGCCAGGCCCUAGAGAUGUGGAGAGGACCCUGAAGCUAUUGCCAUUAAGUCCCACUCAACUCAUUACAUGUCCAAGGGGAAACCAGCCUGUUGUAGUGCUAAAUCACCCAGACACAGACAUUCCCGAGGUUACAAAUAUCAUGGAAACUGUCCACAGGUACAAAGGGGAGGUCCAAAAAGUUCUGCUGUCUCGAAAAACAUUGAAGGCCCUUGCAGGCAUGGGUUGUAAUAUGUUUAGGGCAAAUGCCCCAACAAAUACCUCCAUCUCUCAACGUAUGUGGCCUGAGAGCAGAGUGAAAGAGAGAUUCAUCUUGAAAUUGAAGCUGAAAAAGAUGAGCAGAAAGAAGUACAAAGUGGUGAAUGCAAUCUCACACAGCACUGAGCCUCCAUUACGAUUUAGCUGCUGGUUUUGUGGCCGAGUCUUCAGUGAUCAGGAGGUUUGGAUUGGACAUGGCCAGCGCCAUCUGAUGGAAUCUACUAGAGAGUGGGAUAAGUUGGAAUGUGAAAAGUCAUAAUGUAAUCUACACUGGAUUCAAAGUUGAGAAAGGUGAUCCUGCACAAAAGCAAUGGACAGAAAAUAUGAAAUUAAUUUCACUGUCUUAUUAGAGAAUAAUGUUGAUAAUGAUGACAAAAUAAUAGUGUACAAAAUCUAUGUAACAACAUGAGUUCUUUGAAAAUACAUGGCUCUAACACUCAGGUAAAAUUUGCAUUUCUUUUUUUUAAUGUUUAUUUUUUUCAUUUGCUCAUAUCUAAGUAUUUCAUUUGAAACCCACUUAUGUUUCAGUGCUAUCAUCGUUUUAGAUAGGAUGCAAUCUAUUUGUUGUUUCAGUUAUGUCUAGCCAAUAUGCAAUGCUAUAUAAGUUGAUUUAAGUACAUUGUCAUAGGGACUCUUUCACAGAACACUGUAAGAAGGACACGAAUGAGCCAUACUCCUAAAGCUCUAAACGUGAACAUUUAACAUUAUACGGGUAUGUAUAGUGUGUGUGUGGUAUGAUUAUAGUUUUUGGAGGGGAUGGCAGGUUUCUUAUGUUACUAGGCUUUAUCAAAAAAAAUUUAAAAGCUAUUUUAUUUGACAUUUUAUUUCUGAUUUUCAGAUGUACACUGUGUUUUAUUCCCCGCCCCCUGUUAUUGGUCAUAGAAAAUAGUGAAUGUUUUUGUUUGAAUGCAUACAGUACAGUACGUACCAAAAAUAUUCAUGGUUUCAAAUAUAGUAGUAUCCAUGUGUGGGGCACAUUUUGUUAAGAUAGUCCUGCAGGAGUAGUCCAAAGUAUUCACCUUUUUAUAAUUCAACAAAAUCCAUAGUAUGUUAUAGGAUGACUGAUGGCAUGUCUGCAUAUAGCCUAACAAUGCUGGUUUUACAUGCAAAAUAUAGUUUUUCUGAAAGAAAUUCCUAUUGUGACUUGAAAUGAUAAUGUUUUUUAAUAGGAUUAUGAACAGACAGUGAAUACUUCUUCCCAUUAUCUCACUUUAUGAAGCUUAUGGCAAUAUUGAUAUGCAUGUUACUGUAUGUUUCCUUAUGUUCUGACAGUAUCCAUGACAAGGGCUACUUUUAGUUAGUCAGCCCAGGACCCUUGGUCAAAUGGACCCAAAUCAUAAAUACACAUAGCACAUCUUUCUGACCUUGCACAUGUCUGCACACGUCUGCAUUAGUCAGCCACCAUGUAUUUUUGCAUUUAAACAGAAAAUUGUCAAAGUGUCUCUCCACAUCACAAUCACAGUGCAUCAUUGUAAUGGCGUGUAUGUUCAGCAGCCCCUCUAGGCAUCUCUUUCUCUCUCUCUCUCUCUCUGGCAUGGAUGAAUUAUAGGACGUACCUGGUUUGGAAUAGCAUUGAGAAGUCAGGGAAAGAGGUACAAUUUUGACUUAAAAAAUAUUUGUUUUUCUCCAAGUGCCUGACCUUUACACAAUGAAUAUGUAUUUAUCUUGAUACACACCUGGUAGCAUUAUGUGUUGUACAGAUCAAUAAAUACAAAUAGUUUGACAA